GGCAAAGUCAAUCAUUAAUGUCAGUCCUGGCAGUUGGGAGAUCUGUGAGGCUCGUAUCUCGAUCCCAUCGUUGUCGGUACAAAUGGCAUUGAUGGAAGCGUUAAGGGCGCUGUGUUUUCCCGUCGAACUCUGCAGGCUGUUGCAUUUGAUUGCGGUGUUUUGUUUGGUUUUCCUCCUGCUCAAAACGGUGAAGCUGUGUGACCAUAGAUGGAAGAUGAAAGAAGUGAUGCAGCUUUUCCCGGGACCGUCAGCCCAUUGGUUAUUUGGACACGUACUGGAGUUUCCUCAGGAUGGGACAGAUUUAGACAAGACCGUGAUAUGGACAAACCAAUAUCCAUAUGCCUACCCAAUUUGGUUUGGUCCGUUCACAGUAUAUUUAAGUAUCAACCACCCUGAUUAUGUUAAAACUGUAUUUCAAUCUACAGCACCAAAAGAUGACAUGGUGUACCAGUUUAUAACUCCCUGGAUUGGUGAUGGCUUACUGGUGAGUUCUGGGCAGAAAUGGUUCCGCCAUCGAAGACUCCUAACACCAGGAUUUCACUAUGAUGUUUUGAAGCCAUAUGUGAAGCUGGUUGCUGAUUCAGCCAAAUCCAUGCUGGACAAAUGGGAACAACUUUGCGCAGAAGGAAAUAAUUCAUUGGAGCUCUACCAGCACGUCAGCCUCAUGACAUUGGAUAGUAUUCUGAAAUGUGCCUUCAGUUACCAUAGUAACUGCCAGAUUGAAAGUGACAGCUCAUACAUCCAGGCUGUGUACAAGCUGUGCUUCCUCUCCAAUCAGCGGUUUAGAACCUUUCCAUAUCACAGCAACCUUAUCUACUAUCUGAGUCCUCAUGGAUUUUGUUUUCGGAAGGCCUGCAACUUGGCACACCGUCAUACUGAGGAAGUAAUAUGCCAGAGAAAGGAGGUAUUGAAAGAUGAGAAAGAAUUGGAAAAAAUCAAGGACAAGAGGUAUUUGGACUUCUUGGAUAUUCUGCUUUGUGCAAGGGAUGAAGAUGGAAAAGGACUAUCUGAUGAAGAAAUCCGAGCAGAGGUUGACACCUUCAUGUUUGAAGGUCAUGACACUACAGCAAGUGGAAUUUCUUGGCUCUUGUAUUGCCUGGCCCAACACCCAGAACACCAGCAAAAGUGUAGGGAAGAAAUCCAGAAGCUCCUCAUGCAGCACAAACAAAUUGAAUGGGAUGUGCUCAGUAAGAUGCCUUAUAUCACAAUGUGCCUUAAGGAGUCUCUGCGUCUUUGCCCCCCUGUCCCAGGAAUAGCCAGGAGGCUGAACAAACCACUCACAUUCUUUGAUGGGAGGACGCUACCUGAAGGUUGCCUGGUGGGUAUAAGUAUCUACUGUAUUCACAGGAAUUCCAUGAUUUGGAGUAACCCAGAGGUAUUUGAUCCUUUAAGAUUUUCUCCUGAAAAUUCAGCAAACAGACAUCCGCAUGCCUUCAUACCUUUCUCUGCUGGACCAAGGAACUGCAUUGGUCAGCACUUUGCCAUGAAUGAAAUGAAGGUGGCCAUUGCACUGAUCCUCAGUCGAUUUGAACUGGAAGUUGAUGCCUCAAAGCCACCAAUUAAAAUACCCCAGCUAGUCCUCCGGUCCAAAAAUGGAAUACAUCUAAAACUUAAAAAAUUGGAUUAAAAUCAGAUGCCAGGAAAAAUAAAUUUUGAAAAACAUUAAAAUAGUGAUAAUUUCAAGGUCAGACAAAUUAACCUAUAAGCAGAUGAUUCAGGGAAUAAUUAUGACACUAAGGAAUAUUUUUUAAAAACUUGCAUGUCUGUGUUAAAUCUGUUCAUUACUCGUGUUAUUGUUGGAAUGUCAUGAAACAUUCAAAUUAUUUCAGAAAAUGCAAAAUGCCUAGUUGUGCACCAUCCUGACUUGGAAUUUUACUGCUGUUCCUUUAUCCUAACUCCUGGAACUCCCUGCCUAUCUGCGCUGUGGGAGUACCUUUACCAAAAGGACUCUGGUCAUUCAAGAGGGCAGUUCAUCACUGGCUUCUCAAGGGCAAUAAAUGUCAGUCUUGCUGGUAAUGCUCAAAUCCCAAAAAUGAUUACUACCAUCAUUGUUUUCCUCCCUCACACAAUGUAUAGAGUACAUAAAGUAUAUGUACUCCAGGUGUUCACUGGGGACAACUUUAUUCUGUUUCCAACUAUUAGUGGACUUGAUAGACAGUCAACUUCAUAUGAUUCAUAUGUCACAAUACCUGUACUGAACAUAUAGCAAUUGUGAUUUAAUAACCCCACAAUAAACAAAAUUGCUGGGAAAUAACAGUACUUAACACCCACAGUUAAUUAAUAAUGUCAUGUCAGAGUCUGACCAGAGUUAUAGAAAAGGAGUAAUUUUUAUUUGAGUGAUUCCACAUUUUAUUAAAUUUAAUGUUACAACAAAAUGUAGCCAUAAUUGCAGGCCAGGAAUAGAAACAGUAAUUAACCUCCGUCACUCCAGGGUGACUUAUUUCUCCAAUUGCAGCUAUCAGCCCUUUCCAACAUAAAGUAAAUUCACGAAAAGCUAAGUUCCCAAAUCAGGUUACAGAUAGGAAAAUGACAUAGGAGCCCUUUCCUUCACUUUCACUUGCGUGCUUCAACCUGUAUAGUUCUGUUGCAGGAGAAAUUGGUCUGCACUAUAUUGCAUGGUUUGACACCAAGUAAACUUUAAGGAUGGAUUUUGGAUUGUAUUCUCAGAUUCUGCAGUUCUAAUAUUACUGGUUCACUAUAUCGGAACUUGAAUUUUUCCCAGGUAUUUUCAAUCUCUCCAUCCUUAACCCAUCAUUCAGUCAAUAGGAAAGUUCAUACUGUGGCAGCAACUGGCAGGAUGUCUCUGGAAGUCAGUAAAAGGUAAUUGUGCCAGCUUAUAAGAACUCACUUAAAUGAAAAUCUGACAGCAGCACCUCCAUUUAAUUUUUGACAUUAUUCAGAAUACAUGAAUAUAAACAUACCCAAUCUGAUAUCAAACUUGUAUUUGUCAUACUCUAUUAAGUUAAAAGAGUAAAAGCUUGUGACAAUUUCAAAUUUACAUAAAUUUGAAUCAGUUGUUAAACAUUUUAUAAUAUUACUUCACUAUUAAAGAUUCUAUGGUGCUUGAUUACACUCAUCAUGUGGAUAACUAACUUGGGACAUUCUGUCAUUGCCUCUAAAAAGCAUUUCAGCCACUAGAUGGAAGUUUAUAAGAUUCCCAUAACCAUUUCUUCAAUAUCACUAAUAAGCUCUGAACAAAACCUCUCUGUUCUGUCUUCCCAUGGGCAAUACUACAGUGAAUAUGCUAGUAAAAGAAUAAAUAUUUUCAGAAUAAACGUGUUCGUACAAUAUUGUAAAAUGAUAACAUCUGAAUCCUGCUGCUCUUGACAAUUUCUUUCAAAUGAGGGACAAAAGUAAAUGAAGUGUUGCUGGAACUUCUAAGAAGUAUUAUGUGUAAUUUGGAGACACAAAACAUUGCAAAUGCUGGAAUCUAAAGCAACAAACAACCUGCUGGAAGAACUCAAUGGGUUGAGCAGCAUCUGCGGGAGGAAAGGAAUUGUCGAUGUUGCGGGUCGAAACCCUGCAUCAGGCCUGCCCGAUACAGGGUUUUGACCGAUCGAUGCUGCUCAACCCGCUGAGUUCCUCCAGCAGGUUGUUUGUUGUGUGUAAUAUGAACUUCUUCUCUCUGGUUUAUCAUCUGAACACUGUACAAAUAGAAGAGCCAAGUCCUUCUAAGACAGCAGCUGCUAGAAAAUAAUAACAUCGGUAUGAAAUUUAGGCUGGCAGCAGUAGCUGAGUGAGUGCAGCAAUUGGUAAAUUUUCAAGUGAAGCAAUUUACUUGUCAAUUAUUAUAGGGGAAAGAAUGUUAUAACGAAAAAUAUUCCCAACACCAAGCAAUAUUGCUAAGUGUUGGUUUAUUUAAAAUUUAAAAAGACACUAAUUUGAGUUGAUUGAUAUCACCUAAACCAGAAAUUUUUGAUAAAUAUCAUGAUAUUUGAAAUCCUCCAUCCCUUCCCAUCUAAUUUAGAAUUUUAUUUCCUUGAAAAUUUUUAGGAACAAUUUUACAUCAUUAAAAUAUUUUUCAGAGCAGUUGGCAAUAUUUUUGACAUUAUUACAGACCUUAUAGAACGUAAAGCACAGGAACAGGCCCUUUGGCCCAAGAUGUCUGUGCCCCGCAUGAUGCUCAUUCAAACUCUACAUCUGCCUGUAUGUGGUCUGUAUCCCUCAGUUCGCUGCCUGUUCAUGUGCCUGUCUCAAUGCCUUUUAAACAUUGCUAUCAUAUCUGCUUCCACCACUUGUCCUGGCAGGGCAUUCCAGAUACCUACCACUCUCUGUGUAAGAGAAAAAAAUCACAUAAAUCUUGUUUAAACUAUUCCCCUUUCACCUGAAACCUAUGCCCUCUUGUAUUUGAGAUUUCCACCAUGGCAAAAGACUCUGACAAUCUACCCCAUCUAUGCCCCUCAUAAUUUUAUCUAUCAGGUUGCCCUUCCGCUUCCAAUGCCAUUAAUCUUAUUGCUAUUAAAUUUUAGAUCUGAAGUUUUCAUAUUUUUGAAAGGGGUGGACCUAUGUUUGUUAGGUAACUUGUACAAAUAUUCUUAAGAAUGAAAAUUGGUACUCCCUAGAGAUACAACACCAAUAUAAUUCUGUUUUGAUUGGAACAGGAGAUACCAGAAAUUGGGCUAGUAGUCAGAUAAGGUCAGAACAUAGUCCUAGAUAUUAGAAGGUGUGCUGAAGGACCUUUAAAGCUGGGAAUUUUUUCAUAUCUGCCCAGGGUUGGCUAUAUGAUCAGUACACUCUGGACUCGAUUACGCUUACAGAUCUUUGUCCUGGCCCAGACCUUCUCUGGAAUUGAAAACAUAGUUGUAAGAACAGGGGCAGAUUUAUUUACCAGGCUCCAAUGGUGUUAUUUAAUGCAGUUGGUUACAAUUAAUUUUGUCAUUUUUUUUCUCCCUUCUGAAGGGUAACCAUACUAUUCCCAUUGUGGUCCAGGUAUCUGGCUGAAUUCUUUUAAUGCCCGUCCUUCCUAGUUUAUCUUGGAUAUCUCAGACAGUACAUUAACACGGAUUCCUGUCAACCACAUGCAAUGCCUAAAAUUAGAGGAUCUGUUCUGAAGGUAUUCUGUAUGCCUGAACUCCAACUUCAACCUCUUCAUUCAUAAACAACAUAAGUUCUUCAGUGGCUUGGAAUUAUUUUUCCUCUAAAUUAUUAUUGCAUUGGUUUCCAGAUAAUCUUGGACCUAGUAAACUUUUUAUUUGGAAUCUAUUCCAUAUCACAUUGGCAGUGCAGGAUGAAAAAGGUAACUGAGGAUCUUCAGUUUAACUUCAUGUAAAUCUGAUUCCAGAGAGGGGGGUGGAAAUAAAGGCCUGGUGCAUUCCUUACAGCCUUUGUCACUCUACUUUAGCGAAAUAUUCAUUAAACAAACCAAAUAAAUUGUAAAUGUGUAAAAUGUCCUGAUGACAAAGCCCUUAUGUUGAGCAGUGACUGUAAAGGAGGAGUUUUGAUACUACCUUCAUCCUGUACAUCUUUAAGAGUCAGGUAUAUCCCACCAGCAUAGCGCAUUAUGUUGUAUUAAUGUUCCUAUUGCAGAAAAUAUAGAACAUGGAAUAACUGACUGUCAGCAGGGGGAACAGUGGAAAUGGUGAUAAGUUCAUACAAGUGGCAGCUUGAAAACUGUGCCUAAAAUUGUUUUGUGACAUUAUCCAAAAUCAAAGCCUUUUCUAAAAUUAAUGUUGUAGUACUUAAAAAUGUGAACUUUGUAUUUUUAAUUAUGCUUACAUUUUAUGUGUGACCAUAACUACUGUUUUUAAUUUCUUUAAAGAAUGUAAAAAUAAAGUUCUGUCCUUUGUAGU